AGAGAGCCCUCGUUGGCUUCUUCCGUUCGAACCCACUGCGCCGCCGCCACAACCCCCACCCUUCCCAGCUCCCAGCUCCCGCCUGGAGAAAUUUCUCCUCCGAUCUCCAAGUCAUCUUGCGCGGUUCCUGGAACAGCUCGGACGGAGGCGCGGCGAUGGAGCACGGGUCGGUGACGGACUCGAGCGCGUCGACCUUCUCCAUCAUGGAGGAGGACCACACCCUCGCCAACUCCGCCAGAUUCGUCCUCAACCAGGACCCAAGGGUGGCAUUUUGUGGAUAUAGCAUCCCUCAUCCUGCUGACAAUAAAGUUAACAUAAGAGUUCAGACUACAGGGGAUCCAGCAAAGGAUGUUCUAAAAGAUGCUUUACAGGACCUGAUGGUUAUGUGCCAGCAUGUCAGAGGGACCUUUGACAAUGCAGUGACUGACUACAGAGCAAACAAACCAGCAGAACCAAUGGACACUGAUCAGAAUUAGGAGUGAAAUUUCUGGGCACCCCUCAUCAGGAUUCAGGACCAAGACUAUGUGUAACCAUAUUAUCAUUGGAGGCAGAUUUCUUGUCUUUUAUGUCAUUUUAGGCGAUUUUCCUAAAAUCUGGGAUGCCACCGCAAUCGCCUUGGCUUAUGAAAGCUAGUGCUUUGCAGAAAG